AUGGGCUUACCCACUUAUGAGAUUCACUCAUUGAGAAUCUGGAGUCGCCAAAUUGCCGGGCUCGAUUCCACACAGUCCUACACAGCAGACCAGACGGACACCGGCUCCAUGGACCCUGCUCCAACGCAUUGGUACUUGAUCAAGUUUGGCUCUGCGAGACUGUUCUACGUCAAUGUCAACUCCAUCCAGACCCUAUAA